AUUAUAUGUAUAAAUCGGCUCCGUGUGCUCGUCCAGUCUUUCCCUCUCUUUCUUUUAUUAUCUCACUUCUCUCUCUCUCUCUCUCUCUCUCUCACACUCUCUUUGACGUCGGUGAUAAGUAAGUAAAUGUUGUGGGAAUGUCUGGUAUAGGAGAUCACCAAUUUCUUUUCUGCGAAUUUCUGUUACUGCAUAUUUAUGCGAAAAGGAUGAUCUUCACGAAAGCUUAUAGCGCUUCAAAAUUGAAAAGAAAAAAUCGACGAAAAUCGAAGCGUAAAUAUGUGCUGAGAAAUUUGAGAAUCUAAGAAUGAGGUGCCACCGGCUUUCUUCGAGGUUAUAACAAUAUUCUGCGGGUGUCAGGUUCCUGAUGAAGAGGCACAGAAUCAUUAAAAAAUACAGUCGAAAGUGUGAUAGCACUGAACUAGAGAAAAAAGCAAGACAAAAUACCUGGGAAGUAGAAGACUAUGUCUGUCCCUCUCUUGCUCUCUUUGGUGCUCUCUCCCCUAAGUGCUUUACAGAAUUGGCUGAGAAUACAGUAGUAUUAUGGCUAGUAUCAUUAUUAUUAUUACAGUAUCGACGUGACUGGUUGCUUCUUCAAAAUUGUUCUGAAAUUGCAAAUCAAGUUAUAAGAAGAAAAAAAGUGAUAGUUACGUACUACAAAAAGAAUAGAUACCUGUUUUGAAAAAAAAAAGAAGAAAUUCAGAGAUAGCGAAUUUAGAAGAAGGAGAUGGAAAGAAGUGUUACUGUAUCGUUCAGAAACAAUCGGAUAUUUGUUUUGAAAGAGGAAAUUUUGAAAUUGCAAAAAUUUAUAAAUUCUAACUAAGCGUUUUUAAGAUAACAAAAAAUUUCUGCAAACACAAGUGAUCAAAUUGCAUGGGAAGUAAUACCUUGAGAUUUCAUAUAAGAACAAGAACACAGAUACAAAGAAAUUGUUAAGUGGGCUUGAUAAUGAAUUCUUUCUGGGAUACAAGAAAGAACACACUGCGAUAAUUCGUGAUUAAGGUGUCGUAGAUCUAUUUAUGAUGAUGUAUGCGAACUGUUUAACCAAAAUUGAUCUGCAAUCGAUUAAUUUCAUUGAAUGGAGCAUGAUAUUGAUUUCCGUGUUUGAAUCCGAUAAAAAAAACAUUAUCAAAUAAUCUGAGAAAGAAUUAUGUAUGAGGAAUGAUGUAUUCAUAACUAAUUAUGUAUGAAGAAUGAUGUAUUCAUAACUGCAGAAGCGAUUAAACAUCCAAUGAAGGAGCCGAUAAAAUAAACAUUGGCUUUCGAAUUUGACUGAUAGCGCGCGCAAGUUUCUCUCUCUCCCUCUUUCUUUUUUUAAUAUAACUAAAAAUUGCGAUGUUGGGCAUAUAUAUGUCAAGAACGCACAGUGCACGCGGCGAGGAGACUUUUACGCACGACGGCCGACGCACGAAUCUCCGUCACUUGUACGAUCGGCGAAGCAAAUACGCCGCAUGAUCGGGAAAUGUCGGCUUCGAAGUCGUGACAGUAGACGAAUAGUUUCGAUCGAAGCGAGAGCGAUCGCGUGGAAGUCUUCGUUGAGGGAGAAAUAGAGACGCGUGUUUUUAUUGCUUCUUGCUCGCAAAGCAGGGACAUUUGAUUUAUAUAUAACAGCCGAUUUAAUUUGAAAAACAAUAAUAUUUCGUUGAUGAACAAAAAUACUGAAAAGUAUUGAUUGUAAGAUUGUACUUAAUUGCGGAUUCGUCAGAGAAUAAAUUUUGCGAAACGGUAAAAGCCAUGAUUUGGCUAGUUGCCAACAACAAGCGCAAGUUUCGCAGAAUCAGCACUUGCUUUAUUCACAUGCGUAAAAAGUACUUUCUCUUAAAAAUUGAGUCGGACUCAUCACGCGAUAGAAACAUUAAUAUAAAGCUGUAACCUGUAUAUAUUUGGAACAAGAUAGAGAGUGGGCAAUUAUUGAUUAAGGUAAAGCAAAAGAAGAUCAGUAAUAAGAAAAGGCAAAGAAUGUACCAGAAAGAAAAGAUGCUAAUAUGGCUAUAUGAUGAUUUGUGACUUCUUAAGAGCCGAAGCAUACACCUUUGCAUAACGCAUAUAGCAUAACAUGAGAAAAUCAACCCCAAUCAGAGUCUUUUAUUUUACGAAAAGGAAGGAUAUGAAGGCCUUUGAUUGGUUCAUUUUCUUAUAAGAUAUGCGUUAUGCAAAACUCUGUGCUCUUGUUUUAGGACUACUUAAGACAGUCUUAAAUAUAAGAACCGACUAUAAAUAUUAACCUGUGAGAAAUGGACAAGAAAAAAGAAAAAAAGAAAGAAAUAGAAAGGAGAGAUGGAAGGAAAGGGAUGGAGAAAAUGAGAUAAAAGAAAUAGUAGAAGUGAAUCAUAAUGAGAUAAGCAAGAUAAUGAGAUAAGUUCGGCAGGGAAAAGGGAAACGCCGAUAUUUUCCUUUUUCUUUUACUUUAUGCGUUUAUACGUAGUACGCGCACGCGUACAUGUGAGAGUAUGGGUGUGUAGUUGUGAGUGUAGGUUACGUGUGAUAUGAGCGCGCGCGUGCACGUAUAUACUAAGUAUAUACUACGUGUAUACAUCAUUCUACAUGCGCUUGUGUCACGCGCUCGAAUGUUGCGCGUGGUCGUUAGAGGCGCAUGUAAUUCGCCGGUAAUUAUCCCACAGAUCCAUUGCUUCCGGGGUGCGAAUAACAAAAUAAUACAAUAAUUCCGACGAGCACAGAGAACUAUCGCGACGAGAGGACGAUAGCAAUAUAUCUACAACGUGCAAAAUGUGGAAUAUGAUGUGUGAUGUGAUGCCGACGAUUGCGGAGGACAGUAUGAGCCAGCGGAGUUCGCAAUUUUCCGGCGAGGACGGGAACAUCGAGCAACUGAUGGUGCAAAUGCUAGACGAGCGUGACAAAAUGAUGGAAUCGAUGCGCGAGCACCAAGAACGGCUGCAGGAAAUGGAGGCGCGAUUGACAGAGGUCGAGAAGGAACGGGAUGCCUUGAAUCGCCAGCUUAACGCAAAUAUUCCCCAGGAAUUUUCUCAAUUGACCAAAGAACUGGCGGCGGCGAGGGAGAGCAUUUUGGAAAGAGAAGAGGAAAUUUCCGAAUUAAAAGCGGAGCGAAACAAUACACGUCUCUUAUUGGAACAUCUAGAGUGUUUAGUAUCGCGACAUGAACGGUCACUUAGGAUGACGGUUGUGAAACGUCAAGCCGCUGCGCAAUCUGGUGUAUCGUCUGAAGUGGAAGUCCUCAAAGCUUUGAAAAGCCUUUUCGAGCAUCACAAGGCUUUGGACGAAAAGGUACGUGAGCGUUUGCGCGUGGCCCUUGAAAGAAAUACAAGUCUCGAGGAGGAACUAGCCCAUACCAAAGAGGAAUUCCAGCAAUAUAAAAUAAGUGGACAUCCAAAAGCAUUAGACGAUAGACCAAAAGAGAAUGGACAGACAGACGAAGGUCAGCAACAGAAUAAGAAUGAGACUGAGCAGGCAGCAAGCCAGCCGCAGCAGCAGCAAUACCAGCAACAUCAGUUGCAGCAGCAGCAGCAGCAGCAGCAGCAGCAACAACAAUCGGUACAAAAACCAGGUACAGAGAAGUCCACUGAAGUUGGCAGUAGAUUGAGCAAUGGGAGUCUCGAUCCAACUGAGCAGGAUUCAGCAGUACGAGUAAUAGAUUUGCAAGCUACUCUCGACAAGCAGAGUUCAGAAUUAAAUACGUGGCAACGACGAGUAGCGGAACUAAGCGGACGCGUCGCCGAGUUAGAGGAAACACUAUCCAAAACACAAAAAGAUCUUUUGAAGGCACAAGAGGCAAGUCUUAAAUUGCAAAGAGAUUUACGAGAGAAUGCGGCGCAAAAAGAGGACCAAGAAGAACGAAUAGCAACUCUAGAAAAACGAUACCUCAAUGCUCAACGAGAGUCCACUAGUCUUCAUGAUCUCAAUGAGAAGCUGGAGCAGGAAUUGCAGCAUAAGAAAGCUCAAUUAAAGCUCCAAGAGGAAAAAAUUGCUGCUAUACAAGAAAAACUAGAGCUCGCGGAACAAAAAUUAGCUCAAUACGCUAAGUUACCAGAAAUGGAAGAGCAAUUAAAGCAGAGGAUGGAGGCUCUGACGCAGGUGAGGAGGCCCAACCAGCAGGCUCAGGAAAGGCAUGGUAGCGCGGAGGAUAGAAUUCAAAGACUGGAAACACAAUUAGAAGAAAAGAAUGCAGAAGUGAUGCGUGUUAAUCAACGAUUAAAGAUGAACGAGGAACAUAAUACGCGUCUUAGUACAACUGUUGAUAAACUUUUAUCUGAAUCCAAUGAAAGAUUACAAGUGCAUUUAAAAGAAAGAAUGCACGCGUUAGAAGAAAAGAAUGCACUUACUCAGGAACUCGAAAAAACGAGAAAAGUGGCGGAAGAUCUGCAAAAUGAAAAGGCUGACAUUGUUAAAGAAUUGGGCAAAGCACGUCUGGAAAUCGACAAUGUUAAAAGACAGAUGCUCCAACAAGAAAUUGCAUUUAAUAUUCAGCAAACGGACGCAUUAACGAGAAGUUUGUCGCCAAAUACUGUAGAUCCAGGUUCCUUUUCGAGAAGUGCAAGUCACAGCAGUUUCGACACACACUCAUUGCCUAGAAGAGGAGGUAAACGAUCUAUCGAAGACGAUUCAUCGAAGAAUUAUGUUGCACGGACUUUAGCGGAGCAAGAAUGGGAAAAGUUGCAACAAGCGCAUGUGCUUGCCAAUGUCCAACAAGCAUUUGAUGUUUCGAGUGACGCGGAAGGUGAUGGAGAUAACGAAAGUAUCUUCAGUUGUGCGGCGGACGUAAUCAGCCCCACCGGACAUACAGAUGCCCAAACAUUAGCAUUGAUGUUACAAGAACAAUUGGAUGCUAUUAAUAAGGAAAUUAGAUUAAUUCAAGAAGAAAAGCAGAGUACGGAAGCACGUGCGGAGGAACUAGAAUCUCGCGUUGGCAGCCUCGAACAUAUGAAUCUAUUAGCGAGGGGACGAAGUCUCGAGCGAGCAUCGCCGCCACUGAGUGGCCGAUCCACACCAAAAUCACAUCAUAGUCCAAAUAGGGAUUAUUUACAUAAGUACCACACCGUUAGUAAUCACGUAAAUGCACCUGCGUCAAUGUCUCCGGCGCAUUUACAUCAAUAUGCUGCUUCCUUAGCUAGUCCCGGCCAACUAUCAGAAUCUCUUCCUGCUAGUCAGUUGCAGUUGUCGGGAGAGGAACUGCAUUCGGUUAGCGAAAGAGAUAGUGGUGGUGUAGGAAGCGGUGGAAGCGACGCGGCGUCUCCUUUAACAGCCAGGUCCCUGAGAUUGGAACGAGUCGUUCAAGCAUUGGCUCAUAGUCAGGAAGAACUUAGAAGACGUACCGGACAGAGUGGAUUUCCAAGCGGUGGUUUCCCCACGCACAGUUCUUUUUUCAGGCAUGGGCAGCAUAACAACGGCGCACUCAAUUCUGGAACUCCUCCUUCCCCAUUGUCCUCACGCCACAGCAGCCAGGACAGUUUGCACAAGAACAACUUCUCCAGCGUCGGGCUGCCUAUUGGACAAUUAUCGACAUCACAUCUGCAUAUGCAAUCAACCAUUAGCUCCGCCACAGCGGCUGCGGUCGCGGCUGCGCAAAAAAAGAAAGGCAUUAAGAGUAGCCUCGGUAGAUUUUUCAGCAAAAAAGAAAAGAUCAAAGGGAAAGAUACAGCAAUACCAGGGGAUAUACCAGGUAUGGGAGGUGCAAGUACACCAGCUGAUUCAGACUAUGGAGAUAGUGUAUGUGUGGCUGGUACACUUGGAAAUAAAAGCGAUUUUGAUCGCAGGAAAAAGAAGAGUCCAAGCAUGUUUGGUAGCAUGUUGGACUCCUCGCGGCACGAGCUUUUAGCAGAAGCAAUGAAAGCCGGAACGCCCUUCGCUUUAUGGAAUGGACCAACGGUAGUCGCCUGGUUAGAACUUUGGGUGGGCAUGCCGACGUGGUAUGUUGCUGCUUGCCGAGCAAAUGUCAAAAGUGGUGCUAUCAUGAGUGCUCUUAGCGAUACCGAAAUUCAACGAGAGAUUGGUAUAAGCAAUCCUUUGCACCGAUUAAAACUGAGACUAGCCAUUCAGGAGAUGGUGUCGCUUACGAGUCCAUCAGCGCCGAAAACUUCUCGCACAACAUUAGCAUUUGGUGAUAUGAAUCACGAGUGGAUUGGUAACGUCUGGUUACCGAGUCUAGGACUGCCUCAAUACCGAUCCACUUUUAUGGAGUGCCUUGUUGAUGCUAGAAUGCUUGAUCAUCUUACAAAAAAGGAUCUUCGUGGUCAGCUGAGAAUGGUUGACAGUUUUCAUAGAACAAGUUUGCAGUACGGUAUUUCUUGCUUAAAACGACUAAAUUAUGAUAGACAACAAUUAGAGGAAAGAAGACGAGUAGCAGAAGGUGCCAACAUAGAUGUACUCGUUUGGAGUAAUGAUCGUGUCAUAAGAUGGGUACAAUCGAUUGGUUUGAAGGAAUAUGGAAAUAAUCUCUUAGAAUCGGGUGUGCACGGUGCGCUCAUAGCCCUAGAUGAAAGUUUUGAUGCAAAUAGUUUUGCAUUAACUUUACAGAUUCCUACACAGAAUACACAGGCAAGACAAUUGUUAGAGAUGGAAUUUUCUAAUCUCUUGUCAAUAGCGACGGAAAGGCGUCUAGAUGAGAACAGUCUGAAAUCCUGAUCCAUCUCAUCAAGUCGGCUGGCUCAUAUUCAACCACAUCAUGUCUAGUCCAAAACCCCAGCUAUUGCUAUUAUCUAUGCGCAAGUGUGUUAUAAAAAUUAUAAGAGCUUUAAGUAUCACGCUAGGAAUAUCUUCAUAUUGUUAUGACAAAUGUAACAUUUGGUAAUAUUGAGGUGUGUUUUGACAUAAACUGUUAUGAUAAGUUUACACGAUACAUUCGAUAUUUAAGGAUUCAUCUAAUCGAUUUUUAUGCCGCAUACACGCCACAAGCAUUAUAUACUUUUUAUGAUAAAGAAGAUAAGAGGCAGUUAUUUCGAGCAGUUUUUCAUAUAGAUAUUGAAAUGUAGCAGACAAGUCGAUGUUGGAUUACUAGACACGGAAAAGAAUAAUUAUAGCACUCUCCUUAAAAGCACGAGAUACCAAUUGCAGACUAUUACGACAAUAAUUCUCUCUGAGUUAGUCUGAUUUGUUAAUAAAGUCGAUAAGCUUCAGUAUUAUGAUAUCAUGUAAUAGAGUGUAUUUGUUGUACGACUUGAUAUGACAACGUGUGUACUUAUAAUGUUCAAUAAAUAUUUAAGGCAGGA